AUGAAGAGAGUCCCAAACCCAGAGUUUAGCCCUCCAUCACAGCCUGGUCUAGACCUGCACAACGCUCCGAUCCCUCAGGGCGGACGAGGAGCCGUGCAGUUUGUGACGCAGUAUCAACAUUCGUCUGGACAGAGGAGGAUACGGGUCACCACUACUGCCAGGAAUUGGGCAGACGCACAGAGUCAGAUCCAGAGCAUCGCCGCGUCCUUCGACCAGGAGGCAGCCGCACUCCUCAUGGCUCGUCUCGCCGUUUACCGAGCAGAGACUGAGGAGGGACCAGACGUGCUGAGGUGGCUGGACCGACAACUCAUCCGCCUGUGUCAGAAGUUCGGAGAUUACCACAAAGACGAUCCCAACUCCUUCCGAUUCUCCGAGACCUUCUCCCUUUACCCUCAGUUCAUGUUCCACCUGCGCCGGUCUCCGUUCCUUCAGGUUUUUAACAACAGUCCAGACGAGAGCAGCUUCUACAGGCACCACUUCAACCGACAAGACCUGACACAGGGCCUGAUCAUGGUGCAACCAGUUCUCUACGCUUACUCCUUCAGUGGACCCCCGGAGCCGGUUCUGUUGGACUCCAGUUCGAUUCUUCCAGACAGAAUCCUCCUCAUGGACACGUUCUUCCAGAUCCUUAUCUACCACGGAGAGACUGUGGCUCAGUGGAGAAAGGCCAAGUACCAAGAGAUGCCAGAGUACGAGAACUUCAAACACCUGCUGCAGGCACCAGUGGACGACGCCCAGGAGCUCCUGCACACACGGUUCCCCAUGCCUCGCUACAUUGACACGGAGCAUGGAGGAAGUCAGGCUCGGUUCCUGCUCUCCAAAGUGAACCCCUCCCAGACCCACAACAACAUGUACACGUGGGGCCAGGAAUCCGGAGCCCCCAUCCUCACGGACGACGUCAGUCUGCAGGUUUUCAUGGAUCACCUGAAGAAGCUUGCCGUAUCCAGCGCCGCAUAG